AUGCAACGACCAAACCACAGGCAUGGUGCUUCCGAAACGCUUCAUCUGGCCAAGAGGAGGAGACUAGACAAGAACCUUGACGGUGCAUCACCGUACUACCGUGCGACCACCUCGACCCAGUUCUGCCACUCUGAUUAUACUGUAGGAUGGAUCUGUGCCCUUCCGUUGGAAUUGGCUGCGGCCACGGCUAUGUUGGACGAGAUUCACCCGCCCCUCUCAAACUCUCCAACUGACCAUAACACAUAUACCUUGGGACAGAUGGGUGUUCAUAAUGUCGCCGUUGCCUGUAUACCUUCAGGCGUCUAUGGCACCACAUCUGCAGCAACAGUGGCUCAUGAUAUGGAGUCUACUUUCCCCUCAGUCCGUGUUCGCUUGAUGGUCGGCAUCGGAGGAGGAGCACCCAGUGAACAAGCCGACAUUCGGUUGGGAGAUGUUGUGGUGAGCAAGCCUGCUGGGAAUCACAGCGGCGUGGUUCAAUACGAUUACGGCAAGACUGUUCAACACGGAGGUUUCGAGCGCGUCGGCACGUUGAACAAGCCUCCUCAACUGCUACUUACGGCUGUAUCUCGACUACAAGCCAACCACAUGUUGCGUCCUAGUCGGAUUCCGGACUAUCUAACUGAAAUAGCGACAAAUUAUCCUGACAUGGCGGCUAAAUUUACACAAUCUGUUCGACUACAAGACCAGUUGUUCGAUGCUCGGUACGAGCACAACAAAUCAGAAAGUAAUUGUAAACAUUGCGACCCGGGUAGAUUAGUGUAUCGGCCUGUUCGAUCAGGAAACCACCCAGGAAUUCAUUACGGAUUGAUUGCGUCUGGCAACCAGGUCAUGAAGCAUGGCGAAACUCGAGAGAGGUUAGCACAGCAACUCGGAAUACUCUGCUUUGAAAUGGAGGCAGCCGGUCUCAUGGACCAAUUUCCAUGCUUGGUCAUUCGGGGAAUUUGCGACUAUGCCGACUCACACAAGAAUAAGGUGUGGCAGAAUUACGCUGCAGUGACGGCUGCAGCAUACGCAAAAGAACUUCUCUCAGUGGUAUCUGCAAUUCAGCUUUCGGAACCCCCACCGACAAGCGAUGAGAGGCCGUUACCAGAUGAAGAACAGAGGCGGUGGCUGUUGGAAUCGUUGAGAUUCGAUCAGAUUGACACUCGCCAUCUCACUAUCAAGAAAGCUCAUGCCAAUACGUGCAAAUGGCUGCUUAAAAGGCCCGAGUAUCUGCAUUGGCUGGACUCUGAAAAGUUUAGCCAGCAUCAUGGCUUCUUAUGGAUCAAGGGAAAGCCCGGGGCUGGGAAGUCGACCCUCAUGAAAUUUGCUGUUACAAAUGCUAGGAAGUCAAUGAAGAGUAAAACUGUCAUCUCCUUCUUCUUCAACGCGCGGGGUGGUAGCCUCGAGAAGUCUACCAUUGGUAUGUAUCGAUCACUUUUACUCCAACUUUUCGAACGACUCCCAGGCCUUCAGAUCGGACUCGACUGUCUCGAAUUAGCGGCUUGGGAUGGUGAAAGCCACGAUUGGACCAUUGAGUCACUGAAGGCACUCUUCCACGAGGCCGUAGGGCGCCUUGGACAGUCCUCCUUGGUAUGUUUCAUUGAUGCUUUGGAUGAAUGUGAUGAAAAUCAGAUUCGGGAGAUGAUAACCUUUUUUCAAAGCUUGGGACAACCAACCACAUCAAAUCAUGCUCGCUUUCAAGUCUGCUUUGCAAGUAGACAUUAUCCUCACAUCACAAUCGCAAAAGGCCUUAAUAUGGACCUCGAAGGACAAGAAGGACACACUCAGGAUAUCACUAACUAUAUCGACAACGAAUUACGAAUUGGUCAUAGUAACCAAGCGGAGCAGGUCAGAGCUGAUCUUCAAGAAAAGUCAUCUGGGGUAUUUAUGUGGGUUGUCCUUGUGGUGGAUAUAUUGAAUAAGGAGCACGACGAGGGCCGAACAAUACGUCGUCUUCAACAAAAACUCAAAGAUAUUCCGCGUGAUCUACACGAGCUUUUCCGUGACCUUCUAACACGAGACCUCCGUAACCAAGACGAAUUACUCUUGUGUAUUCAGUGGCUGCUUUUCGCGAAACAGCCUUUGACACCGGUACAACUAUACUACGGUAUAAUUUCUGGAAUCGAACCCGAAGAUAUAUCGAAAUGGGAUCCCGAUGAAACGCCAAUGGACGCAAUCGAGAAAUUCAUUUUGAACUCUUCGAAAGGGUUGGCUGAAAUCACAAAGUCAAAAACUCCAACCGUCCAGUUCAUCCACGAGUCAGUCAAGGAUUUUCUUCUCAAAGAAAACGGACUGGGGGAAGUUUGGUCCAAUCUCGGGAGCAACUUCUAUGGAGAAAGCCACGAACGCUUGAAGCAAUGCUGUCUAAACUAUCUUAGUAUCGACGUCGAUUACUCCAUUCCUCUCACUGAUCCACUGCCGAAAGCAUCGACUCAGGAGGCGAAUAAUCUUUACCAAUCCGUUCUCAAAUGGUUUCCAUUCCUAGAAUAUGCGACGAGAAGUGUUCUAUACCACGCUAAUGAGGCACAAGCUACUGGAGUCAGCCAAGCAGACUUUCUCCAAACUUUCCAGCUUCCUCGAUGGGUGAGACUGGACAAUCUGUUUGAAAAGGCCGAAAUACGUCGACACACCCCAUACGUAAGUUUGCUAUAUAUAUUAGCAGAGCGCAAUAUGUUUAGCCUAGUCAGAAUCCACCCAUCCAGUCUAUCAUGCUUCGAAAUAGAAGCUGAGCGCUAUGGGCCGCCGAUUUUUGCAGCCAUAGCUACUGGAAGUACAGAAACGGUACAAACAUUAUUGAAAAUCCAGGCAGAUGACCAGCCACCAACGUCUCCGCUUCAUAAUUUACAUGAACAGUAUUAUCAAGUUGCCAACAAACGCGUUGAUCUUGGUCGCACAUUCACUUUCUCCCAACGAAGAGACCUUUCCUCGUACCUAUACGAGCAUAAAGAUGGUAUACUUCUUGCUUUCCUGUGUGCUUCAUAUAAGUUUGGUACCGAGUCGACCUAUGAAGAUCACCGGACAAUGCUGUCAUGGGCGGUGACGAACGGGAGCGAAGUGGUUGUGAAGCUACUACUCGCGAAGGGUGCCGACCUAGAGUCUAAGGACGAGGAUGGGGGGAAGCCACUAUACUGGGCGGCGGCGAACGGCCACGCGGGGGUAGCGAAGCUACUUCUCGAGAAGGGCGUCAACCCAGGGGCUAAAAAUUAUGUUGGGGUGACACCGCUGUCGAUAGCGGCGUUUCACGGGCACGAGGCGGUGGUGACGCUACUACUGGAGAAGGGCGUCGACCUCGAGUCUAUAGGUUUUGACGGGCGAACGCCGCUGUCGUCAGCGGCGUGUAAGGGGCACAAGGCGGUGGCGAUGCUCCUGCUCGACAAGGGCGCAAACAUAGAGUUUAAAGAUGAUCAAGGGCGGACACCGCUAUGGUGGGUGGCGAUGUAUGGGAGCGAGGCCGUAGCGAGACGAUUGCUUGACAAGGGCGCCGAUCCGGGGUCCAAGGACAAUAGUGGGCAGACACCGCUGUCGAUCGCGGCGAGGAAGGGCCACAGCGAGGUGGUGAGGCUGCUUCAAUCACGUUUGCCUACCUAG